AUGCCUAAAAGAAGUAUUAAAAACAAAAAAGAACCAGAAGACUCACUGAAAAAAGAAAAAGAAGAAGAGAAAGAAAAAGAAAAAGAAUUUCUUGAGAAGCAAAAGAGUUACUUUGAAGAUUUAGAGACUUUUAUUCUUGAAGAAGACAUAGACACAGGAGAUAAAGAGACAGAAAAGUCAAUUAACCAACAAGAAGAAGUUGGUAUAGUUAGCACAAUUGAGAAUGGCCUGGAACAAAAUGAAAAGUCAACUAUGAAAAAUAACACAACAGAAGAGAAAGAAGAUGAUGAGAAUGAAUCACUGAAUCAAGAAGAACAAACAGAACAUUAUGCAAGAAAGAGAAUAAAGGAAAACUCUUUUUUGUCUGAACCAAAGCGGUCCAGUUUUGUGGUUUAUGGGACUGGGUUCAACAAAAUCUUCUUUACUAACUAA